AUGGCAAAGGAAAAGUGGAGUUCUAAAGAGGUGUACUUUAGUUAUCCAUCGAUACCUGAUACCCCGGUUCUUCAAGGACUCAAUCUUACCAUACAGGCUAGAAAAACUGUAGGUUUUGUUGGAGGCAGUGGUUCUGGAAAAUCUACAAUCAUUUCAUUACUCGAAAGAUUUUAUGACCUUGACAAAGGGAAAAUUCUGCUUGAUGGAUAUGAUAUAAAGAGACUUCAGCUUAAAUGGUUGAGACCCCAGAUGGGACUUGUUAAUCAAGAACCAGUUCUCUUUGCAACAUCUAUAAAAGAAAACAUUUUAUUUGCAAAAGAAGGAGCUGCAAUGGAGCAUGUCAUAAGUGCAGCUAAGACAGCAAAUGCACAUGACUUCAUCAUUAAGUUACCUGAUGGAUAUGAUACUCAAGUGGGCCAAUUUGGAGUUCAAUUGUCUGGAGGGCAAAAGCAAAGGGUUGCUAUAGCAAGGGCAUUGCUUAGAAAUCCAAGAAUCCUUCUGCUUGAUGAAGCCACAAGCGCUUUGGAUGCACAAUCUGAAAGUAUAGUGCAGGAAGCACUGGACCAUGCUUCGAUCGGAAGGACAACACUUAUUGUUGCUCAUCGGCUUACCACAAUUUGCAAAGCAGAUUUGGUAGUGGUUCUUCAAUCUGGGAAAGUAAUUGAGUCAGGCUCCCAUGAGGAGCUGAUGCAUAUGAAAAACGGAGAAGGUGAAGAAGGGGGUGCAUACAGCAAAAUGGUGCACUUGCAGCAAUUAGCCAUGCAAAAUGAAGCACCGAAUGGCCCCAGACAUCCAGCCGAAGAUAUAAGCCACCUAAAAAUGAUGACUAGUGUAAGACCUUCACCAAUUAGCAUAAGACCUUCACCAUUUAGCAUAAGACCUUCACCAAUCAGCAUAAGAUCAAGCUGGCAAAACAGCCCAGCCCACCAAUUCAGCUCAGUAUAUUCCUUAAGCGUUGCAGAUAUUUCCCAAUUGCACCUUUAUGGUAACUUCAACUAUGUAAAGCAAGAAAAUACUUCUUAUCCUCCUCCAUCCCAAUUGCGUUUGUAUCGAAUGAAUGCACCUGAGUGGAAGCAAGCAUUACUUGGGUGUCUAGGUGCUGCUGGCUUUGGAGCUAUACAGGCAUUUCACUCCUAUUGCAUGGGAUCAAUUGCCUCAGUUUACUUCCAAAAAGAAUUACAGGGAAUCUGA